AUGCAAGGCCAAGCUAUGAAUCACUUUGGACACAGAGGUUUUGGUGGCCCACCCCAACCCCAAAGACAAGGUGGGCGUCGUGGAAACAGAGGUGGAGGCUUUCGAGGAAACUCUAGGUUUGAACACAAUCACAGAAAUUCGUCUCAACAAGGAGGUCAACGCCCUAAUGAGGUAAAGCCAGUAACUCAAGACAAGGCCCCACAGCAGCAGGCUACCCAACAAGCCCCAAAAGAAAAAGAGGUUAUCAACCAGCAGCCAAAUCAACAAAAUCAAAAACCUAGUCCACAGCAGACUCAGCCAAAACCACAGGAACCGCAAACACCAAAAGUAAACCAGAAUUCUGCCCUGAAGCAAGAGUCUAAAGAUAAUGUUGACAAGGCUAUUCCUAAUGAAACAAAACCUAUCAUCAAUCACAACCAAUCUAAUUUCCAAAAGAAUGUUAAUGGUAACUUUGGUGGCCCUGGGAAGCAAGGUGGUUGGAGUCAAGGUAACCAAGGUAACAAGCAAGGAGGACAAGGCCAAGGAGGCCAAGGCCAAGGAGGACAAAGCCAAGGCCCACCUGGACAGGGCCCAGCUCGUAAUCAACAGAGGACUAACAAUUGGGCUGGGGGCCAGUUUGAUGGAAAACCAGCACAAAGAGAGGAACACAUGCUGGCUAAUAAGUUGAAGGACCUCAUGGGGCCCCUCCUCGAAUUGCCAACCAUUGAACAACCUGAAGUUAAGUUUAACGGAAGAAGUAGACUGUAUAUUGGUAAUCUUUGCAAUGAUGUAACAGAAGAAGAACUUCUUAAUCUCUUUAACCAGUUUGGAGAAACUGCAGAGUUGUUCUUAAAUAAGGAAAAGAACUUUGGUUUCAUUAAAAUGGAUUACAGAGUUAAUGCUGAGAAGGCAAAACGUGAAUUAGAUGGUAAAAUGAAGAAUGGAAGAUCUAUGAGAGUGCGGUUUGCUCCACACAACAGUGCCGUGCGAAUUAAGAAUUUACCGCCAUUUGUCUCGAAUGAACUCUUGUACAAGGCAUUUGAAAUUUUCGGAAAAAUCGAAAGAGCAUAUGUGAGGGUGGAUGAAAGAGGGAAAACAUUGGGUGAAGGAAUAGUGGAGUUCUCCAGAAAACCCAGUGCUCUCGCUGCCAUCAGGAAUUGCUCUGAACGAUGCUUCUUUUUAACAUCAUCAUUGCGGCCGGUCAUAGUUGAAAACUUGGAAGAACCUGAUGAGUUUGAUGGUUUUCCAGAAAAGAAUAUUUCUAAAAAACAUCCAGAAUAUUUAAAAGCCAGAGAGGUCGGUCCAAGAUUUGCUGAAGCUGGAAGCUUUGAACAUGAGUAUGGAACAAGAUGGAAGCAGUUACAUGAGCUCCAUCGCCAGAAAGAGGAAGCCCUCAAGAAAGAGCUCGCUGCCGAAGAGGAGAAACUGGAGGCACAGAUGGAAUUUGCCAAAUACGAGCACGAGACGGAACUUCUCCGUGAGCAGCUCCGUCAGCGCGAGCAGGACAGGGAGCGGCAGAAGCGCAGCUGGGAGAUGGCGGAGAGGGCGGCGGACGAGCGCCGAGAGACAGAGAGGAUGCAGCUCAUGAGGCACGAGGAAGAGCUCUCGCAGCGCAUGCGCCUGCAGGACGACGAGCUGCGGCGCAGACAGCAGGAGAACACACUCUUCGUGCAGGCUCAAAGACUGAACUCAAUGCUUGAUCGUCAAGAACAGGGCAUGUUUGACAAUCAGCAACCAAUGGACGGAGGCUUCAGAGACCAGUUCGACAUGCCACGUGGAGGUUUUGACGACAUGCCGCAGAACCGAGUUUGGGAAGGACGCCCAAUGGACGAUUACCCAAACAAACGUCGUCGUUUCUAA